AGCUCAUACCAUGAGAGGGGCAAAUCAAUCAAGUGUCACUGAGUUCCUGCUCCUAGGGCUCUCUAGACAACCCCCACAGCAGCAGGUCCUCUUCAUGCUCCUGUUCCUCACUAUGUACCUGGCUACAGUUAUGGGAAACCUGCUCAUCCUCCUGGCCAUCAGUGUGGACUCCCGCCUGCACACUCCCAUGUACUUCUUCCUUGGCAAUCUAUCUUUUGUGGACAUCUGUUUCUCCUCUACCUCUGUCCCCAAGAUGCUAGUCAACCACAUUCUUGGAAAUCAGGCCAUCUCCUUCUCCGGGUGUCUCACGCAGUUGUAUUUUCUCACUGUGCUUGCUGACAUGGACAAUUUCCUCUUGGCUGUGAUGGCCUAUGACCGCUUUGUUGCCAUUUGCCACCCCUUACACUACUCAACAAAAAUGACUCAUCAACUCUGUGCUCUGUUGGUUGCUGGGUCAUGGGUUAUUGCCAGCUUAAAUGCCCUGUUGCAUACUCUGUUAUUGGUUAGACUCUCAUUCUGUGCAGAUAAUGCCAUCUCCCACUUUUUCUGUGAUGUGUCUCUCCUCCUGAAACUGUCCUGUUCUGAUACAUACCUAAAUGAGAUGAUGAUUCUUAUUGAAGCAGGGAUGAUAAUGAUUGCUCCAUUUGUUUGUAUCUUGGUGUCAUACAUCUUUAUCACCUGUACUGUGCUAAGAGUUCCAUCCACUAAGGGAAAAUGGAAGGCCUUCUCUACCUGUGGUUCUCAUCUGGCUGUAGUUUUUCUUUUCUACGGCACCAUCAUAUUCUUAUACUUCAACCCUUCAUCCUUACACUCAGCUGAAACAGAUUUAGCAGCUGCUAUGAUGUAUACAGUAGUCACCCCCAUGCUGAACCCUUUCAUCUAUAGUCUGAGAAACAAAGACAUAAAAGGGGGUCUUGGAAAACUGGUCACUGUGAAAUUGAUUUUUAUUCACUAG